CGCGGUAGCCGCCUCCCUAAUCACUACGUAAUGUGCCGUGCUGCUUCUAGCGGCGCUGGUGACAGUGCUGAAAGCUGUUGGGUAUGAAGUGAAACGGAACUGAAUUUUUGUACCAUCCGCAACUGCUUCAAGUUCAGAUCAUAACACAGAAACAGAAGAUAAACCUCCCAAAACAACAAGCAAAGUUGCAACACUGAAGACACGUGGAGGGAAAAAAAAAUAAGGAUCACUUCAAGGGUUUAACACGCAAGAAGCAACCAAAUCCUGAAACGACCAAAGAAGACGAACAACAGCCCAACUGAAACACAGAAGAGAAGCAAUCCUAUGCCCAAGCAUAUUCUGAGAAGACAAUAACUGAUCUGAAACCAGAAGUUUGUGCCUACUCAACAGCUUUGACAAAGCACACGUCCCAACGCUGCUCCUAGCCCUCCUCAUCCUCACCACACCACCGACUUACCGCCGGGGUGUGGAGUGGGCUGCUAUCUGCUAUUUUUUCCCCCCAUAGGUCCCCCCAUCUUUCCCCCCCUCUUCUCUUCCCACUGUUUUUCAUUGUAAUUUUUUCUAAGCAGUGUUAUUGCACCUGCGUUUGCCUUUUUUUGCGCUAGAUUUCUCCCCCAUUUUUUGCUUUAUGCAACCAUCUAGAACUUGUGCCAGAAACCUGUAACAAGUGUGUGUGUUCAACUGUGUGCGUGAAGAGAUCUGCAGGAACUGCAUAGUCAUCGAGAUCCAGAGAAUUACAAGAUUCAAGACGACUAAUAAAGCAUAUUCAAGUCCUAUCCGCAGUGUCAGAAAUGGAAAGAGGGUCCUCUGAACCUCCAGUGGCUCGCAACACUGGUGCUGCCCGAUCUACCUCUACUGGUCCCAUGAAUAUCCCCCGCUCCUCCUCUGUCUCUUGCCACCCCCACCCUGGGAGUAAAAAACAUAGGCGGACUCCCUUGUAUCAGAGAUCAAUGAGUUUUGACCCAGGCAUGCUCCAUAACAAUGGGCACACUGCAUACGCCAAUGGCACAGGACCUGGCAUUAGAGAGACCGGUGUGGUGGAGAAGCUCCUGACUUCCUACGGGUUCAUCCAGUGCUCCGAACGUCAGGAUCGUCUCUUCUUCCACUGCUCUCAGUACAAUGGCAACCUGCAGGAGCUUAAAAUAGGAGAUGAUGUAGAGUUUGAGGUAUCCUCUGACAGGCGCACUGGCAAGCCCAUAGCAGUGAAGCUGCUAAAGAUAAAGCCAGAGGUGCUGCCAGAGGAGCGCAUCUCGGGCCAGGUGGGGCCAGACCUGCACGCCUAUCCCUUUACUGUGCUGCAUGGUUAUAUUCAUCCAGUUGUGUCGGCAAUCCCUGUGCACUUGGAUGGAAAGUCUGCCCCUGUCCAGGUGCCCACUGGCAGUGUUUGUUAUGAAAGAAACGGGGAAGUGUUCUACCUUACCUACACUACUGAUGACGUGGAGGGUAAUAUCCACCUGGACACAGGUGACAAAGUCAGCUUUUACAUGGAGACCAAUAAGCAUACUGGUGCGGUCAGUGCUCGCAAUAUUCAACUUGUGAAGAAGAAGCAAAUGAGGUGCCAGGGUGUGGUGUGUGCUACAAAGGAGGCCUUUGGAUUCAUUGAGAGGGCUGAUGUGGUAAAGGAGAUCUUCUUUCACUACAGCGAGUUCAAGGGUGAUCUGGAGGCUCUGCAGGCUGGAGAUGAUGUUGAGUUCACCAUAAAAGACAGAAAUGGUAAAGAAGUAGCCACAGAUGUGAGGCUGCUCCCCCAAGGAACAGUCAUCUUUGAGGAUAUCAGCAUUGAACAGUUUGAAGGCACUGUUGUCAAGGUCAUUCCCAAGGUCCCCACCAAAAACCAGAAUGACCCUCUUCCAGGUCGCAUCAGUGCCCGGAUUGGUUUCACUGACAAGGAACUGCCGUUUGGCGAGAAGGACACAAAAUCCAAGGUGACCCUUCUGGAGGGCGACCACAUACAGUUCAACAUCUCCACUGACCGCAGAGACAAGCUGGAGAGGGCGACAAACAUUGACAUCCUCCCAGACACUUUCAACUUCACGAAGGAGACACGUGAAAUGGGGGUGAUUGCGGCCAUACGUGAUGGCUUUGGCUUCAUCAAGUGUGUGGAUCGGGACGCCAGGAUGUUCUUUCACUUCAGCGAAGUUCUGGAGGAGAGCCAACUGCACAUCUCAGACGAAGUGGAGUUUACUGUUGUGCCUGUAGGUCCCGUUUAUAAGCUUUUCACCAAAGAUAUGCUGUCGGCUCAGAGGAACCACGCAGUGCGCAUCAAGAAGCUGCCCAAGGGCACAGUGUCUUUCCAUACCCAGUCCGAGCAGCGCUUUAUGGGUGUGGUGGAAAAAGAAGUGGCAGUCACCGCCAAGAACGCCAGUCCCACCAAGGGCAAGGAGAAGAAAAAAGACAAGGGUAAAGUUGUAGAAAAGGAAUCUGAGGAAGGAGUGAUUGCAUAUGAAGACUGUGGAGUGAAGCUCACUGUGCCAUACCAUGUUAAGGACCUGGAGGGAGGAGGUCACCCACAGGUCGGAGACAAGGUGGAGUUCUCUAUCAACGAAGUGAAGCGAACCGGCCAACAGAGCGCCGUCUCCAUCAGGGUCCUGAACCGUAACGCCUCCAGUGCCAAGAGACUGCAUGGAUUUGUUGCCACACUGAAGGACAACUUUGGCUUCAUUGAGACAGCAAAUCAUGACCAAGAAAUUUUCUUUCACUACAGUGAAAUGUGUGGAGACUUGGAGAACUUGGAGCUGGGCGACACAGUCGAGUACACUCUCUCUAAGGGAAAAGGAAACAAAGUCAGUGCUGAGAAGGUUACCAAAGUGGCUGCAGUGAAUGGCAUUGGAGAUGAUGUUGGUGUGACAGUGAUGAUGGGGAAAGUCAUCCGUCCUUUACGCAGUGUAGACCCCUCCCAGACAGAAUACCAAGGGCUUAUUGAAAUCACAGAGGAAGGUGGAACUAAAGGCCAGAAUUAUCCCUUUGGAAUCAUGGGUAUGGCGAACAAGGCAGAUUGUCUGCAGAAAGGAGAACUUGUGAAGUUCCAGGUUUGCACAGUCGCUCAAACUGGACAGAAGAUGGCCUGUAAUGUAGUCCCUCAGCGUAGAGCCAUGGUGGAGUGUGUCAAAGACCAGUUUGGCUUCAUCACUUAUGAAGUUGGUGAGAGCAAGAAGCUGUUCUUCCAUGUAAAAGAAGUGCAAGAUGGCCUGGAGCUCCAAACCGGGGAUGAGGUGGAGUUCUCAGUUGUCCUCAAUCAACGCACAGGAAAAUGUAGUGCCUGCAACGUGCGUAGAGUCAGCGAGGGGCCAAAACAGGUGGUGACCCCUCGUCCUGACCGUCUGGUGAACCGACUGAAGAGCAUCACCCUUGAUGACGCCAGUGCUCCUCGCCUGGUCAUUGUAAGACAGCCCCGCGGUCCUGACAAUUCAAAGGGCUUCAAUGUGGAGCGCAAGACUCGUCAGCCUGGUGUCAUCGACUGAGCAAUACAGAGCCCGCCCCGUUCAGUGUUGGUGGGAUGCUGUCCCAUAGGGCAACAGCAGGAGAUAAGGGAAUUUGAUUUGACACAUGCUUGUACACACAAACUCACACACAGAACAUACACACACAUACAGUAAUCGGCAUGUGUAAUCUUUGUCCCCAUCGAUACCUGCGCGGGAACUUUUCUCAUUCCACGGUUCCCUGCCUCCCAUGUAUGAUGUACUUGAUACAGAGUCCACACUGCAGUGUACAUGGGAUCUCUGAGUGUGUGUGUGUGCGUGUGUGAUGUACCCUAGAAGUGAUUAUAGUGUGUAAUGGAGGUAUUUGUUUCUGAGGGCCUCGUCCCUCUAAAUCAGAGUGAUGACUGUGUGGCUGUCUAUGUCCCUAUCUUUUUGAAUCUGCUUUGACUGGAAUUCUGCACCUGUAAUCUGUCCAAUAGUCUGCCUGGGUGAAUGAGUGUGACUGUUGGCAUGUCUUUGAGCUUCUGCUCCAUUUUUUUUUUUUUUUUUGUUUUGUUUUUUUUUUCUCUCAUAUAUUUGCUCCUUUACCCAUGGAAACUUGAAAUGGUUUCAUUAUCAAAGUUUCCACUACUGUAUGCUUUCCUAAAAAAAAACAAAAAAAACGCAUAAAGCAAAGCAAAGUUCCCUCCAUAAGGAGGAUCAUAUUUCUCAUAUGUGCGGGCUUAAACUGAGGAUUCUUCUCUGCUCCGUUUUUUGAGCAGUUUUAAAAAUGCUUUAUUGAAGAGCUGAAGAGAAAGCAUGGUGUGUGUGAUGUAUGUGAAUGUCAAAGUAGUCGAUCUAAUGGGAUUUACUUUACCAAUCUGGAGCCUUUAGAUACCUUUUUGGUAUUCACAUGCUCCACUUAAGCAAUUUUUCCCAGGUGCAGAAUUCCUCGUGGCAUCUUAUAUCUGCAGUUCUUUUAUACUAUGUACUUUUUUUCUUGCACAUAUGUUUUUGCUUUUUUCCAUUGAAACUCAAUCUGCUAAUAUUGAAUUAAGUAAGAAUAAGGUGCCUAAAAACUACAAGCAAAGUGAAAUGAAAAAAAACAAAAAACAAAAACAAAACAAAAAAACAAAAAUUAGAUGUAUCCUCUGUUCCCAGCCAACCGCCAAAAUAUUCAGAACAAUCUUAGGGUGGCUGUCUUUUCUAGUAGAAAUAAUACUGAUAUGCAUCCCAAACCUGUGGGUUGAACUAUACUGUAUGUAAUGUGUGCUUUUUUUUUUUUUUUUUUUUUUUUUUUUUUUUUUUUUUUUUUUUUUUUUUUUUCCUUUCUUUCUUAGUGAAAGUUCAAACUUCAGAUAUAAUGAAACAAAUUUAACUUAAAGGAGAAAGGUAAAGUAUUAGAAAUUCAGUAAAAAAAAAAAAAAAAAACAAACAAAAAAAAAACAUUAAAAAUCAGGACAUCAGUUAUUGUGCUCUGGAGACAUGUUGGGUGAGCUGUUGUGCCUCUGCACAUUAAGUUACAGUCAAAAUUAAUUUCAACUUUAGAGAUCACCGGGUUUCAGUUGAACCACGUACAGAGGUUCUCAUGUACUUUUGUUAAUGGUCUUGAAUGAAACAAUUGAAUUAAAGUUUUAUGAAAAUCAUGA